AAGGAAAGUUGAAAAGCAAAUCUCUCUCCACUCCUUCUUUCUCUCUCCUCUCUUUUAUUAGACCGUUGUAAACUCAAAAUUUUCAUUGAAAAAAGUACAACAGAGAGUAGAAAUCAAUAGCGCUGCCACAGAGAAAAAGAGCACCACCUCAAAUUCAUUGCCGAUGGCUGAGACCCACGCCUCUCUGCAACAAAUCCAUCAACCCAAUCACCCUCUUGGGUCUUUCUUCGCCGCCCUUGAUCCCAUGUCUCUCAUCCUCUCCCAGAAUUCUGACCCUGAUCGCCCCAUUUCUCUUCAACUUACCACCGACUGCUACAUCAUGGAGAGGGGGCCCAGAUACAGAGCAUACGCAGAGCUGAGAGAAUCCAAGCUGAGAAGGAAGAACGCCAGGCAAGAAGCCACGGAUCAUGAAUCCAGACUCACCCCGCCAAAGAAACAGGUCAAAUUUCAAGGGAAUUCAAACGCCGGCGGCCGCAGAGGGUCCUCUGUUCUUACCCAGUCCGUGCCGGACUUCUCCGCAGCGUUGAGGAAAGAGAAUCGGAAGCCAGCGAAUCCGUUGCCGGCCGUGCUGGAGAUGACGCCUCCUGCAACAAAGAGCUCGAAGAUGUACUCGGUUGUGGCGAAAUUGGGGGGGAGUAAGUCAGCGAGUGCAGGGGAGAAGAAAGGUGGAGGGGGUGGGCUCAUGGCAAGGAAGAGCUAUGCAAGCGUCGAGGAAUUGAAGGGAUUUUCAUCCGCUGCGGCCAAUGCCAUCAAUGGUGAAAACAGGGGAGGGAGAACUAAUAACAGAGGGAUUGGCAAGACUGUCUUGGGGUACAGACAAUACUGAUCUGGAUUGUUUGGUUCUUUAGAAAAUAUCUUCAUCUUUCUUUCUUUUUCUUUUUCUUCAUUCAAUUUAUCUUUGGAUUUUGUUUUGGAACCGGGUGGCUGGGUUUGAUUUCACCUUUUUUUUGUCUUCUUUAAACCUUUCAUGAGAGAUUGACUGGUCAUGAAAUUUUUUCUUUGUUGGGGGGAAUGGUUUCUGCUUCUACUAGAUUGUAAAGCUUUGGAUGUAACUUUGUUUGGAAUAUGACGCAAAUAUACUGAAGAGGAUUUUCAUUUGGCA